GUCAGUUUUGUCAAAAAGUAAGCAAAGCACAUUGGGGUUAUUGUGUUCAUUUUAUUCUAUUUUCUCGCAAUACCUCAUAGUUUUAAUGUAUUUUUGAUAAUUUAAUUAAUUAUUUAGAUAUCCGAAUGAGACGAUGGAACUGAUUAUUUGAAGGCGUUUGUAAAUUCUAUGGAAAACGCGUGCUUAACAAUAAGGCCAAUUUAUAGUGCAACGAAUUCAAAUUUGGAACCGUUCUGUGCGCAGUCGUGCGGCAUCUGCGCUAUGUUCCCUUCGUGCAUGUCGCUGCUGUCGCGGCGGCCGGACGCGCCCGCGCCGCGGCCCGGACAGGCGGCCGUCGUGCUAAAUGUAUACGACAUGUAUUGGACCAACUGGUACACAGCCGGCGCAGGCGUUGGUGUGUUUCACAGUGGGGUCCAAGUUCACGGUUCGGAGUGGGCGUACGGCGGCCACCCGUACGCCUUCACGGGCGUCUUCGAGAUCACGCCGCGCGACGAGAGAGAGCUGGGCGAGCAGUUCCGGUUCAGACAAAGCGUACACAUAGGGUAUACGGACUUCAGCGAAGAGGAGGUGCGGCGGUUAGUGGCCGAGCUCGGCAAGCAGUUCCGCGGUGACAGAUACCAUCUUAUGAACAACAACUGCAAUCACUUCACAUCUGCCUUUUGUCUGGCGCUGUGUUCCCGCGACAUCCCGGCGUGGGUCAACCGGCUGGCGUACGUUAGCUCGUGCGUGCCCUUCCUACAGCGCUGCCUGCCCAAGGAGUGGCUGACGCCGGCCGCGCUGCAGCAGUCUUUAGCGGCGCACUCGCGCUCGUCGUCGCCGCACACGCCGCAGUAGCAUCACGUACUGCGGUAAUGCAGCCAGGAGUCGUCGUGUUGUGCGAAUCUAGAUCUAACGCUAGGUAAGACGUUUGGCGCAUUGUCGAUCCUCUACUGUUAUUAUAGCGUAGUCGUAAGCGUUAUGCGUUAUUGGGAUAACGUUAAAGCGUUACAGUACCAGUCGCUGGCUGGAAAGAAAACAAGUUUUUUUUUGUGUCAUAUUUGCUUCAAAAGCGCCAUCUCUUGGACGAAGAUCAGACUAUUCAGACACAGAUGUUCUUUUUCCAAUAACAGAUGGCGCUGUAUAAGACUUGAUAUUCGGCCAAAAACUUACAUUACCAAGCUUCGUUCGGAUCGCUUGGAUUAAGUGAUAAAUUAAUAUUUUACUGAAUCGGAAUUGUUACUAAAUUGCAAGAUAUUUUUUGAAAGUGACGCCUUAUUGUAUAAUGUUUGAGCUUUUUACAAUUCAAUGUUAUAAAGUGUUAAUAUAAGGAUUUACAAAGAUGUAAAAUUGUAAAAUAACUCUGUGCCUGUUUUUACACAUUUGCUCUUUACCGUUUGCUAAGGAAUCACGAAUUUACUUUACCCUCAUUUCUUUUAACAUUUGAAUGUGCUUAUGGCGUCCCAUUGUACCUGAACAAUUUUCCUUUGCCCCAAAGCAUUCUAAAGUUAUCCUUGUUGUAAAAUUAAUGCCUGGGUUCGCGCGUGGUACUUCUAUCGAGCAUUUAAAUCGAGUACAUACUCAUCACACCAUAGUGAUUCAAGAUCAACCGAUAGGUACUCACAUGGUGAAUUUCAGUGUAUCCCAAUUUGAAACUAGGUAGGUAUAUGAAAUACUAUGAAUAAUGGCUGACUCUUAUUUUAAAACAACCUCGCUCUCAUUGACUUCAAUGAGUUUUUUUACACGUAAAAAGGACAGCCUAGUACAUGAAAAAAAUUUCUUCUAACUUCUAAAUAAAUCCACCGAAACGUUAGCAACGUUUAACAUUAGUUUAAGCAUCGAGUAUAAAUAAAAUUGCAGUGUUAACGAACAGCUAUACAAAAUGCUCUAGUGUUGGGUGUUAGUCGAUUUAAAAUUCGAUAAACAAACGCGAACCCGAGUCGAGUUGUAUAAUACGUAGUCAUAGUUCCGUCCGCGUGGUUUGUAAUGAAUGGUUCACACUACUGUCCUAAGUGCAUUCUCGUUGUUCGUCAAUUUGCGACAUAAUCCACGUAUUGAUAGAACGAAAUUAUUAGGGUACGUUAAGUUUUAGUGCGGUGUGUUGGCCAUUUUUGACUUCAAGAAGUCUAUAAACUUCGCUAGAUGAUGCGAUUCUAUUGGUUCUUUACGAACACAUAUUAUCCCUCAUUACGCAUCCUCGCUCAUCUCUGGUGGAAACGCAGCCUAAAGGUGGACACAAACAAAUGAAAUAAAAUACCGUAUGUUAUGCAUGCAUAAACUAAAGCUUCUUACACACUGCGACUUGUUGCAGAGAUUCAGUCAGAAGCACGCGGUGAUACAAAGUCAAAAAUGGCGUCUAUAAUAUUUAUUUGAAAAUUAUAGUCCGACAGCAAAAAUAUCUAAUAAUAAACUUGACAAUACAGUGAAGGAGUCUCUAUUCUUCAAAUCUUAUAAUGUUUUGACAUAGAGUUAGAUUGCAAAAUCGAAUCUUAUGUUACAUAAUAUUACAUUACAAGUGAUGCUCCAAGUGAAUGAGCACCUUAAUGUCAGGUUUCACUAACAUUUGUUGUCGGUCUAUAAAAAAUUAAAAUAAGUGAGUGUUAAUUUAAAUUGAAUUUGUUGUAACUAGUGAAUAUUGUUGGAGUUUAUUUAAAUAUUAGGUAAAUAGAUUUGUUUAAGGUCUCGUUGAAAUGCAUUUAGUACAUACUGUGGGCUACGAGCCUCUCUAGUUUGGUCUCGUGCGGUUGGCUACAGAAUAUAUUGAUAAUAAUAAUUAAUAUUAUUCUUUCUUAGUUUUAUUCGUGCCUUUUUGUGUAGGCUCAUUGUCCCUUACAGAAAGACCGCUUUCGUAUUUCUUAUUUUAUAUUUGAAUCGACCUUUUUUUCUCCAAAUGCACACUAAUGUUAGAAUUUUUAAGCCAUUUUCGACGGUAUCCUUAUGAAUUAGAGUACAAUAUUUGUAUGCCUUUUCUCAGUCAUAUUACUGAAGCCAACUGUACAUAAAAUGUACGGUUAACAGUGCGAAUAGCUCGAAAGACUUCAUAAUCUCAAAUUCGAGCUGGUAUUGUUCACUGUGCAAAAGGUGAUGGUGUGAGAAAUUGUACGUUAUUACAUAUUUCAUAAGAGCGAUAGUCGUAUGUUAAUGUCGCUAAGGUAAGGCCACACUUUUGGCGUGUUGAAUGCUGGUUGAUACUCGCCUAGCACACGCUAAGUGUGGCUGUAGCCUUAAAAGGGUGACGUUUCUUAUUAAGGUUCACAUUUAAGUGCCAUGUAAAGGAGUGAAAGUUAUAUUACUAUUAGGUAAAUAUUUAUCCUCUGACUUAUGAUACAAAGACGGAAAAAUAACAGUAAGUACAGUUGAUAAAAAAGUAUCACUAGUUUUCAUUUAAAUUUCAAUGGGAAGUAAACAAUUAAAAAAAUCCAAAUAUUGUGUUCCCAAAAAACCAUAACAAACAACCCUUAUUAGACUAGUGAUAUUUAUUUAAAACAAAACCUAGUGUAAUGUAGUUUUUUCAUGUAAUUAGUAAAGUUAUUUAAUGAAAUGAAUCUAAAAUGUUUUCCUCUUUGUAUUCAUACGAUUGUAUUUGACUUAAAGACGAAAGUUAGUAGUUGUAUCUUUGUAAAAUAGCAUUUUUCUUGACAAUGCGCCAACACUUCAUUGGGAUGCGCGUACGUCGGUAGGAGGCAAUGAUAACGACCGUUGCCAAUUGAAAAUCGAACACAUAACUUGCAACACCAACAAUGGACAGCUAGUGUUGCCAUGUAACAAAAUAAUUCAGUGAAAGAAUUAUAAAAGUUGUGUUAUUAUUGCCCUCUGUAUCCGUACACGCAUUCCUGUUUAAAUAUUGAAUUCACGAUUAUGUGCCACUUUUCACCUUAGUGUUUCAAUUUAUGACAUUUUUGUAAGUAAAUUUUAGUUAAGGUAACGAUUGGCGAAAUGAAAACGAGCCUUAAGCCGCCGGGUAGCAUGGAAUUGAUUUUAAAAUAAUUUUCUCUAUUUUCUUUAGGGUGUUCACAAAUUAUUUUCUGUUAUGUAUGUUGAGGCGCAAGCGUUAAAUCUCUAGUUUAAUGGUAUGAAACCUCAAUAAAUGGUCUUUAAACGAAUUCAGGUCAGUAAUGUGACGAAUGAUCCCCGUACGAAUGUUGUUGAAAAUUGUGUUUGAAUCGAAAUCACAAUUUAUUAAAAUAUCAAGUUGGUAGAAUCUUGAUUGAAUUACCAAUGGCUUAAAUUAUGAAUACGUGAACACAUCGAUUGUGCAUGUGUAUAGAUUAAUCAAAGGCGAUACCAAAUGUAAAGGGUUACGCAAAACGUACCGCAUUUACGCUCGUUUGGGCUCACCCUAAACGUUGAAUGAUUAUUUUAUUUUACUCACAAUUUACAUUUAUUUCUCGUGAGGUCCUAAAUGUUAAAUAAAGCACUAAAUGAAAAUAAUAAUGUAUGCAAGCACUGAAUAGAUUAAUGAGAUAAUUGGUUUUAAUUUCAUGUAAUUUAUUUUUAAUGUAGGCAUUUUAUUUAGUUAAUAAUUUAUAUUAAACGCAGAAUACGGAGCCACAAAUUAUUACUUUGUGUUAUUGAUUUCUAUUGCACUCUUUUACAAUAAUAUCGAUACAUUUUAACGCGAUUACGGAACUCACAUUUCAAUUUACCAUUACCCAUGAGCAAGCAAGGCAUUUACCACAGCAUCUACUGUGCAUUUACUGUAAACGCCAAUCUAUACCGCUUUUUAUACUAAUUUAUUUUGUAUUUUAUUAAAAUAAUUGUGGUUUUAGGUUUUACAAAUUCCUAUAUGCUUUACAUCAAUUUUAUAUUUUUACAUAAAACACAUUGGAUAUAGGAUCAUUUUAUACAUAUACGCUGUUUGUAAUACAAUAUGACAUGUUAGUCAGAAAGUCCACCGAAGGAAGAGAUUGGUUUGAAGAGACCAAAUACAAUGGAAAAAUAGACGUUUCAGUAGUGCCUAAAAUAACAAUGUUACCUACAUAGAUAAGUUUAAAACAAAAAUAGUGUAAUCAAUAAACAUUUUCAAUAUGA